UUUGUUCUCUUUCUCUCGCUCUCAUUUGGUUUUCUCGUUUGCGAGUACGGGUGAGUCUCAGCGCUAGUCUUAGCGCAGCGGAGAUGCGGAAAUUUGUCACUGCGCAUAAUUGGAGAGGGGUCAACACGAGGUGCUGACCCGAGACAAUUAAUUUUAAGACGACACUUGUGCUCGAGUGAGCUGAUUGACCAGUCGCUUUUCGCUUCUUUACUUUAUUUCUCCAGUGGUAUAUAUUUUGUGUGGUUGUGGCUGAUUAGCACAAACCAAGUGUUUGUGCUGGGGUUUUUUGGAUUAUUCACCAGAGGCUAACGACUGUGUUCACCCGGACCCUCCAUCUACCCGUGGACCAUCCAGGAAGCUGCAACGAGGAUGCAACGUCGUCCAAUCCCAGCAAGAGAAGAACGAGAACGAAGAGUUCGUGAGCGGAUGGCUCGCGAACCUGGGAGGUUUCGGGAUGAAACCCACUGUCGCACGGUGAUGCGACGGGAACGUAACGACGCGUUCCAAGCGGAGGCUGUUCGGCGAGGAGUGGCGUUACCACGACCACGCCGUCCGCGUGUUGCCCCGGCACCAUCACCACCGGUACCCUGCCACACCGUGGUCGCUCCGGCGGCACGACCAGAUAAUACGGCACGCUGGCAGAAGGGUUGUACCCUGGCUCGGGCUGUGGAGAAGUUGGAGGGACGCCCAUCAACAACUCGGUCUGUACAGCCAUCUUUUGUACCACCGGCGCGCCCCGUAUCAUCGCCCGAGGUCACCCAAGCGCUCAAGCGCACCCGUUGGGACCUCAUGGGGGACGAGACGUUGACCUCAGCGGAGGCUGAGGAGUUGGCCUCCUAUGUGCCCAUCACCGCUGCACCGGAAGUUGUCUUCGUCGGACCUGCAGGGGAAUUGGUUUUACCUGAACCAGGGUUGGAGAAGGACCCUCUAGCGGGAGACCAAGAGGAGGUAGACAGUCAGUCAGAAGACUCCGAUCUAUUAAUUAUAGACGAGGAAGUGGUCGUUGACCCUGUCGGACCCGCACAAGUUGCGGAAGAGUGAAUUUGUCAUUUAUUUAAAAACUCAUUAAUAAAUUAUUCACUACCAUUUAAAUCUAUUGUCAAAAUUUCUUAAUUAGUCCUUUUCAGCUUCCGAGCCCCAAUCUCAAGUCUGGCGACGGGGAGUGUAACCGUG